UCGGGAAGGCGAGGCCUCACCAAAAUACAACUCCCAUCUCGACCCUCGCACGCCGAGCGCCGUCGUCCAAUCUGAAUAUGUGGGAGGAGCACGUCCGCCCACAAAAGCCACAGCUAUCUCCCCGUAUCUCCCCCUUAAAAAAAAUCAAUUGUGCACGAAAAAAAGGGAACACGCGUAAAAUACAAACACUGGUGACGGUCUGUUUUCGGUGCACGACGGACGGCGACGAGGCGUCCGCGAGUCGUGCGGCGAGAGAAACGGCGGCGACAGGCAGGAGCAGCGAAGAGGGUGUUGUCCUGAUGCUUAAAUGGAAGUGGGUGGGCCUCCACGGUCACACACUGCCAACUUCUCUGUGGGUAUCAUUCUGACAAGCGCAAUUUAACUCGUUUAUGGACUGGAUAUCCAGUAAAAGAGACAUACGACGGGGCUGCGAGGGAGCCGACGGGCUGGGGACGGUCACUGUGUUCUCCGUUAUUUCCGUUAUUUGGCGCUGCUUGAUUGUGCCUGCGCUUGGCACCGCCCUUCCUGGCCGGUGGGUGGUUUCGUCAAACGGGCAGAUCCGCCACGGCCCAGCGCCGAACAUAUAGGCCGUCCUCCGCCUCUGUACCCGGCCGGCCUUCUACCGUGAACUACACCCUCUCCCCCUCGGUAUAUUAAUGCGUUAUGAGUGACUCGAAGAAGGAAUCAUCUGGAACUGAAGGAGGGAAAGCAUCUAAAAAGGGGAAAAGUUCUGGAUCGCAGCCAGCCAGACACCUCUGGGGGCGUUUCUCUGGUGAAUUCCACUUCCUGCUUCUGUGCAGCCCUGCUGAGAGCCAGCCCAGAGCUUCUUGAAGAGGCUUAUAUGGUUGUGACACUUCGGCCACUGUACUUUUGAGUUGUCUAUGUGAAUUAGGGUCAGAAUGAUUUAAUUCUGCAUUUGGAUUUAUUUUGAAGACACGCAGUGUUGGAUUCCUCUCAGCCCUCUCCGCUGGCUCUGCUAGCAGCCACCUGCAGUAAGAUCGGAGGGCAGGGGGGAGCAGAGGGGGCUCAGGCCCAAGCAGGGGCCCAGCAGAUCCAGGUCCAAGCUGGUCAGAUCCAGCUGCAGGCAGGCCAGAUCCAGGGUCAGAUAGUGGUGGACACAGCUGGAGGCCAGGCCCUGGUGCCUCAGCAACUGGAACUGGUCCCAGCUCAGUUCACAGGGAACGGCUGGCAGAUUAUUACAACAGCACCUACUAUGGCCAAGGAGAACACCAAUCAGCCCGUCGCUGUGACAGUGGCCACCACCUUGGCUAAUGACACGUCACCUGGCGGACGCAAGGUGAAACCUAUAGGUGGGACCAACAGCGUUGCAGCCAAUCAGCAGCAGCAACAGUUCCAGAUCAUCCAGGUUCAGAACCUGCCCAGUGCCGGGGGUGGGGUCCAGUAUCAGGUCAUCCCUCACCUGCAGACUGCAGAUGGACAGCAGAUCCACAUCAGUCCGGCUCAAACAGCUGCACUUGGGGCUCUACCAGAACAGGUCCAGCUCAUCCAGACCCAGAGUCCAAGCCAGACCCAGGCUAUCCUCCAGCCAGCCAACCAGCAGGCCAUCCUGACAAGUACAGCCAAUCAGACAGUCCCGCUGCAGAUCCGCCCCGCACAGUCUUUCCCACUGCAGCUGCAGACUCUGCAGGGCUCCCAGACUCCUGUUAUGACCACUGUACCCAUAAACCUCGGUGGCAUGACCCUGGCUUUGCCUGUAAUAAAUAAUGUUGGAGGGGGCGGGGCUGUGCAGCUUAUCCAAUCAGCAGAUGGCACAUUCUCUGUUGCCAAUGGCAACCAGCUGGUGACAACAGCAGUGUCUGGGACAGCUCCUGCCACAGCAUCAACUGUUUCAACAGCAGUAGCUGAAGGUGACAGUGUGUCUGAUGGGACACAAAUGGUUUCUGUUGGAUCAGAGGGUGCACCAGCUGACACCCAGGUGCAGAGCAAUGAGGCAGACUCUCAAAGCCAGAACCAGGCCAAUGGGCUGCAGAACCAGACAGAUACAGCAGGAACCAUUCAGCAGGUAAUUGUGGGCCAGGUGGGGCACCAGUUAGUGCAGCAGAUCCAGCUGCAACCCCAGGCUCAGAGUCAGGGUCAGGCCCAGACCCAGCAGCAACCUCAGCACAUUCAGACCCUCCAGCUGGCCCCAGGACAAACAUUACAGCCCAUCCAGGCCUUCCAAAACCCAGCCCAAGUCCUUAUUCGUACCCCAACUCUGUCCCCAUCUGGGCAGAUCACCUGGCAAACACUGCAGCUUCCUGGUGGAGUCUCCCUGCAGGGUGGCCUUGGGGCGGCUGUGCCACAGCAGCUAACACUGGCCCCGGUGGCCGGUGGGACGUCCGUGGGGAGUGGAGGGCUGGUCUCCCUGAGUGGAUCUCCCCUGACUCUGAGCGCAGCUCAAAUCAACCCCGGUUCUGGGGUACAGACGGUCAGCAUCGCAGGUCUGGGCACUGCUGGGGUUCAGGUGCAGGGUGUUCCCCUCACCAUAACUGGUCUACAGGGUCAACCACAGGGUCAGGAUGGGGUCAAAGUUCAGUCGUCUCCUGUGACAGUCACUGUUGGCAAUGUGGCAUCAGGCUCAUCGAUGAGUCCAGACCAGCUGGGCUCCGUCCAGAGCUCUUCAGACCAGGAAGGACCGCCCAGCAAGAGGCUUCGCCGUGUCGCCUGUUCUUGUCCAAACUGCAGGGAUGGAGAGGGAAGGAACAGUGGGGACCCCACUAAGAAGAAGCAGCACAUCUGUCAUAUGGAGGGCUGUGGGAAAGUGUAUGGCAAGACAUCCCACCUGAGGGCCCACCUACGCUGGCACACCGGUGAGAGGCCAUUCGUCUGUAACUGGAUCUUCUGUGGCAAGAGGUUCACCAGGAGUGACGAGCUACAGAGACACCGGAGAACACACACAGGAGAAAAGCGUUUCGAGUGUCCUGAAUGCUCCAAGCGCUUCAUGCGCAGCGACCACCUCUCCAAGCACAUCAAAACCCACCAGAACAAGAAGGGCGGCGGCGCGGUGGCAAUCAUCACCACUGAUGACAUGGAGGAAGAUGCCCCCGAAGGCCUGGGUGCCUCUCCCCAUAUUGUCGCAGUGGCGACCCUCUCGCGUGACUCUGACCCUGCUACACCCACCACAUCUAAUCACCUGGAGGAAGAGGAGGAGGAAGAGGAGGAGUUUGAGUAGGCAACCGACUAAUGUCUCUUUGCGGAAAGCUGACUUCCUGUUUUUUUGGGAGUCUUUGCAGGGACUGUAAAGGAUGGCUACUUUUUUCUUUUGUUUUUUUUUAAAUUUUAGUUUGACAUCUUUUUAAAAAUGUUGUUGUUCUCUCAUGAAAAGGGACUAAAAAGAGACGGGAUCAUGCAAUGACCAGAAACCGAAAAAUCUAAACAUCACAAUCUUAAAAAAGAGAAAAAAAAAAAAAGCAAAAAAAAACAACAACAGAUAUAAUAGCAAAAAUUUUGUCUAACUGUAUGAAAUUUAUAAAAUGAAUCUAUAAUUAUUUCAUGCCUGGUGGGGAAAGGAAUAUUAAUAGUGUCUAGAUUAGCACAAGAUGAGGGCGUCCUGCUGAAUCUAAAACCAUUGACAGACAUCUUCCUAAUCGCAACAGAAUCUAACUCUAUGCACAAAGUAGUGUUCCUGUUUCAUACCUGCCAGAGAGUGCUGAGGGUCAAUCAAGGUACAGAACUGUUCCAAAACAGUGAUAAGAGCAGGGGGGGCAGUUGUGGGAUUGUGUGUGUGUAUAUGUGACUUGUAUGAAUGAGUGCAUGUUUGUGUUCCCAUGCCACCAUGGAGAGGAUCUACCUAAUUUGAGUUUUAUUCGUGGUUCAGGUUCCUCAGAUCAGAUUCAGGUGUUGAUUCCUUCGAGACCAGUCAACUGAUAAACUGUUACUGAAGAAGAGAGGGGAUGAUUCUAAAAAAAAAAGAAAGAAAACUAUGGGGGGGAAAAAAAGUAGAAAAAGCACAUUUAAAAAGAUUUAUAAAUAAUGCAUUCCUAUUGAGGUGCAGUGGCCACUAGAAAAAAGGUUUCUAUAGAGAAAAACAAUCUAGCUUUCUACAACUUUGUUUGUGUAGUGAAAGCAAUACUAUAAUGACAAUCCUAGUGAAACCAUGUUUACAUUGUCAGGGGAUGUUUUCUCUGUUAAUAAAAACAAGCCAGUUGACUCUUAAGAUUAGGGAAAGCAUCUGAAAGCAGUGCGGUUGUCUGAUCAAAGCCGGUCACUUUGCAGAUACCACAGGGUGGCUUUAAUAUCACAGCUACGCAGUCUGUCCAGUGUGAGUUUGUCAUUUUUAUACGAUCGCCUACCACCAGGUGGCACCUGGUAGGUGUAACGACAGAUUCGUCAGGUGGCAGCACCGUCACUCAUGUUCCUCUUUGCCUUCUGUGCUCUGGUGGCGACCCCUCUCCGCUUCUGACCCCUGCAACGUGACCAAUGUACCGCAAUUGCCUUAACACAAGCUGUUGUACAGAGGGAACCAGAGUUAGGUGGAUGGAUACGGGGGGUGGGGUCUCUACUGCAGUAGAGGGUGACACGGAGCACAGACCACAGCACAGAGAGGCAAACAGUGAUGAGAUCUGUGGGUGGGAAGGGGUCUAGGGGGUUUAGCUGUGUGGAUAUUAUGAGAUGUUUUCUGGUGGUGUUGCUCUGUGUUAGUUCAGUGCGUACAUUCUUUUUUUUUUUUUUUUUAAAUUAAAAGAUGCUUUUUAUUUUAUAGAAUUUCUCAGUUGUUUUAAAAAAAUGUCCCCUCCCAGUAUGUUAACACACAAGACCCCAGUGUGUGCGGCUAAUUUAUUAUUUAUCCUUGAUUUGUACUAUUUGCCUUUUGCUGGACUUGUAUUUGUGUGCGUUGAUUCUGAGAUUGUGUACAGCAUGUUUCAGUUUUUUGCCGUAGUGCUGCCUCUAUCUCUUCUUUACUCUUUGUGCUUCGCUUUUCUUUUUCUACGUCUGACCAUUGCUGUUCAUUUAUUCUUCUCUUGGCACCAUAAUGUGUUUUUGGAGAAAAAUAAAUAACAAAAGAAGAAGGAAGCAAAAAAAGUUACUAUUUGUUUAAAGUUGAAAAGGUUGAUACCAAACAAAUUUAGAUGUUUUUGGUAAUAUUUUGUGUGACAAGCAACUUUUCUUUCUUUGAUAUUUUGUAGUGACAUCUCAUUUGUAAAUCUUUUUCUAAAGAUGUUUGUUCGUCUCCAUGACAUUUGAUAAUGGGUUUUUUGCCAGGUUAGCCUAAAAGGCUCCAGUUUAUUGAUAUUUUUAAAACUGGUUUGUACAAAUGUGUUAUGUCAAUAAAAAAAAUGAAAGAAGGACAACUUCAAGCAGAAAAGAUGCUUUGCCUGCAUAACACUUGACAAUAAAGUGAUUAAAACUGUCUUAAA